CUCUCCCGCGAGCGCGGGCGUCGGAAGCGGCGGAGGUGGUGGUGUCUGCACUGGGCUGGCCUUCCCUGCGCGCCUGCAUUUAACACCAUGCAUCCUAGCUCUAAAGAAGGAAGACUUUCAAGCCCCCUUGUCAGCGUAGCUAUAAGGUGAAUUGCAGGAAGAUCCCAGCCUUAUACACGUUGGGCAGAGCCAGCAGAGGCCAGAGCUGUUGCUCUGCACAGACCACGAGAGGAUGUCUCCCAGCCUUCAGGAAGGCGCUCAGCUUCGGGAAAGCAAACCCUCAACUUGCUCCUUUUCAAUUGAGAGAAUCUUAGGAAUGGACCAGAAGACAGACUGUGUUCCAUUAAUGAAACCCCACAGGCCCUGGGCAGACACCUGCAGCUCCUCAGGGAAAGAUGGUAACUUAUGUCUACAUGUCCCAAAUCCUCCCUGUGGGAUUUCAUUCCCUAGCAUGGUGGAUCACCCAAUACCAGAAGAAAGAACUUCAAAAUAUGAAAAUUACUUUUCAGCCUCAGAAAGACUGUAUUUGAAAAGAGAGUUGAGUUGGUAUAGAGGCCGAAGACCAAGAACCGCUUUUACUCAAAACCAGAUUGAAGUGUUAGAAAAUGUCUUUAGAGUAAACUGCUAUCCUGGCAUUGACAUUAGAGAAGACUUAGCUCGAAAGUUGAAUCUAGAGGAAGACAGAAUCCAGAUUUGGUUCCAAAAUCGGCGUGCAAAACUGAAAAGGUCCCAUAGAGAAUCACAGUUUCUAAUGGUGAAAAAAAAUUUCAACGCAAAUCUCCUGGAAUAGAUAGAAAACUAAACAAGUGAAAUUGUCUUCUAGUUGCAGAGCGUGAAGAAUCAGUGGAAAUAUUAAGUGUUAAAAUGUGAUUUUUUUUCCUGCAUUUAAUCUGCAUAUUGUCAUUUUUUCCGAAAAUAUAUUGUAAAUAAUUACUAUUAUAGCAUGGUACAUAUUAUAUUUGGGCACUUUUAGUUGUAGUAAAGACCUUUCCUAUAUAUUUUAAUAAUCAUUUUCAGAAAAGAUUGCUAUUUUUUAAGUGAGCAAACUUAACCUAAUAAAUUAGUUUGUUAAAAUCAAUAGACUCAUGACUAAGUGAUUCCACAAGUUGGAUUCUAUUUGUAAAGUAUUUCAAGUGAAAUAAUCUGAAGA